GCAAGAAGAGUAGGGAGGAAAGAGGCAGGGUGGGCGGGGGGCAGAGGGCGAGCCGGCGGCCAAGGCGAGGGCUUGCUGGCAACACGAUGCGGUCCGUGCUGCUGCUCACUUUCUCGGCGUGCGUGCUGCUGGCCCGGGCGCUGCUGGCUGGCGGCGCGAGCGGUGGCGGUAGGGACACGGGGCCAGGCAGCGGACGCCGGGAGAGAGAGGCGCUGGCGGCUCAAAAGAUCGAGGUGCUGGUGCUGUUGCCCCGGGACGAUUCGUACUUGUUCUCGCUGGCCCGGGUGAAGCCGGCCAUCGAGUACGCUCUGCGGAGCGUGGAGGGCAACGGCACCGGGAGGAGGCUGCUGCCUCCGGGCACUCGCUUCCAGGUGGCCUACGAGGACUCGGACUGCGGCAACCGUGCGCUCUUCAGCCUGGUGGACCGCGUGGCGGCGGCGCGCGGCGCCAAGCCCGACCUCAUCCUGGGGCCGGUGUGCGAGUACGCGGCAGCGCCGGUGGCCCGGCUGGCGUCGCACUGGGACCUGCCGAUGCUGUCUGCGGGAGCGCUGGCCGCCGGCUUCCAGCACAAGGACACGGAGUACUCGCACCUCACGCGCGUGGCGCCUGCCUACGCCAAGAUGGGCGAGAUGAUGCUGGCCCUGUUCCGCCACCACCACUGGAGCCGCGCUGCCCUGGUCUACAGCGACGACAAACUCGAGAGGAAUUGCUACUUCACCCUCGAGGGGGUCCACGAGGUCUUCCAGGAGGAGGGUUUGCACACGUCUGCCUACAAUUUCGACGAGACCAAAGACUUGGACCUGGACGACAUUGUGCGCUACAUCCAGAGCAGUGAGCGAGUGGUGAUCAUGUGUGCCAGCGGUGACACCAUUCGGAGCAUCAUGUUGGCGGUGCACAGACAUGGCAUGACCAGCGGAGACUACGCCUUCUUCAACAUUGAGCUCUUCAACAGUUCUUCCUACGGAGAUGGCUCGUGGAAGAGAGGAGACAAACACGACUUUGAAGCUAAGCAAGCCUACUCAUCCCUGCAAACAGUCACCCUACUGAGGACCGUGAAACCUGAGUUUGAGAAGUUUUCCAUGGAGGUGAAAAGUUCUGUUGAGAAACAAGGACUCAAUGAGGAGGAUUACGUGAACAUGUUUGUUGAAGGGUUCCAUGAUGCCAUCCUCCUCUACGUUCUGGCUUUACACGAAGUACUCAGAGCUGGCUACAGCAAGAAGGAUGGGGGGAAAAUCAUCCAGCAGACCUGGAACAGGACUUUUGAAGGUAUCGCUGGGCAGGUGUCCAUAGAUGCCAAUGGGGAUCGGUAUGGGGACUUCUCCGUGGUUGCCAUGACCGACAUGGAAGCAGGCACCCAAGAGGUUAUUGGCGAUUACUUUGGAAAAGAAGGCCGGUUCAAAAUGCGAUCCAAUGUCAAAUACCCAUGGGGCCCUUUGAAACUGAGAAUAGACGAAACCAGAAUUGUGGAGCAUACCAAUAGCUCUCCUUGCAAAUCAUCAGGUGGCCUAGAAGAAUCAGCAGUGACAGGAAUCGUGGUGGGGGCCCUGCUUGGUGCUGGCUUGCUAAUGGCCUUCUACUUUUUCAGGAAGAAAUACAGAAUAACCAUUGAGAGGCGAAAUCAGCAAGAAGAAAGGAACAUCGGGAAACAUCGAGAGCUACGUGAAGAUUCCAUCCGAUCUCAUUUUUCGGUGGCUUAAAAGAACCCACCCCCUUUUGUCCGCUUGAGAGGUAGAUGGAAGGAAAGACAUCAGUGGAACAGAAAGGGUGUGCGUGGAGAACUCUUUGUUUUAAGCAGUAGUCAUUUCACUUUAAAUUUCCUUUAGAAGCUCAGGAAUGAUUAUUAAUCACUAUCUGCCUCCCGGCCUUCCAUCUCACGGCAAACAAGUAUAAGGAUAUGACGCCAUUCUAUUAGGUGUUCUGACUGCUGCAAGGGCAUAGGAUUAGAUUUAUGUUUUGAAAAUCUGGUGUCUCCAUAUCUUGAUGGCUUUGGGGGGGCCUUUCACACGAGGAUAUAAAAAUGUGGUUUUUCUGAAAUGAAAUGUUUUGUAGCUAGAAUAAAACACUUUUUACGAGUAGAAUAUUCUUGGAAAGAAUUUAACACCCAAUAGAGGACAAUGGAAUGAAAAAAAUCUCAAGGCUGGGAAUGCAGGGCUCCCCUCUCUGGAGCCGGCGGACAGGUUUGUGGUAGACAAGGGCUGCGUCUAAUGUCCACAUUCAGGUCUGACUUCAUAUCUCCAGAAAGGAUCCUCCCUGUCUUUUUCAGUGUCUCAGAAAAGCUACUCUGGAAAAUUGUAAAUAUUAGUGAGCUAGGAGGAUUUAUACAAGUAAAGCAAGUCUAAAAUGUUUCUUUUAUGAUGUAAAAAAAAAAAAGCCCUACUUCACACUAACAUUUUAUUUUUAAGUAUUUUAAUCUUAUAUUUUGGUAUUAGAAAUGUGUCUAUUUUUUCAUUUUGAAGAUUAAAUUUCACUUAUAUUUUAAAAGCACGGAGGAAGUGUGUGAGAAAUGCAUGGUGGCAAUGCGGUGGUCUCUCUUUCUCUACUGUCCUUUUCCCGUUGACUGUGGCCAAAUACUAACUGCUCACUGCUGCUGUGACUGCAGACAUCUGGACACAUGUUCAGCUUACAAACUCUAAAGGCAUACGUUGAUGGUAAGCCACGUUUCAGUUUUAAGUGUUUUAAAUGCUGAAGGGCUACAUCCCUUCCAAUUAUGGCCAAAUGAUGCACUUCAAAACCGAGAGAGGGAAGUCGGUAGAGUUAAGCAGAGGUUACACAGAUACACAAACCUUUCCCUCAAGAGCAAACUGAGGAUGAGAAUUUGACAGUGAGGCACAGGAAUGAUAAAUUCAAAGGAGUGCAAUUUAUCAAUAUGUGGUUAAAAGAGGGAAUGUUGAGAUCUGCUGUGACCCCUGAGCCCCACGGAGGUUUUCAGCCUCCACGAAUCACCUACAGUGUGUUAAGAUAGACAAGUGUAUCCUGGGUAGGACUGAGCUAACUUUUGCUGGGUAUCCGAUUUGCACUCAUUUCUGUGCACUGACUGAGGUUUAAAUUUGGGUUCUCACUUUAUCAUUUGAGGAGAGAACAAGGGCACCAUCUUGUAAUCAUGAAGUUCUUAAAGGGGGGGGGAAUAGCAUCAUUCCUUGGAGGUCGUGUUCACUCAGGUUCACUCAAGAGGAAAGCCGAGUGAAAGUUCAGGAAGCUGUCUCAUGCUUGCUUCCCUGGGAAGGACUGCAGCGCAUCUGAUUGCAUCUCUCCCGAGUCAAAGUGAAUGGGCCAUUUCUGGGCGAGGUGCGCUGCUUCUUCAUGGUUCAGGAAAUGGGAUGCAAACCAUCUGAUAAAAGAAUUUGCUGUGAACAUCAGGAGCAGCUACAUGGUGGUUCUGCAUUUGGGAUGUUAAAGUGCUGACUUCAAAAAGAGCCAAGAAAAGUAGGCAAGAAAGGUAAAUUUCAAAAUUCUAAUGCAGGAGGAGAGUCUGGGAAGUAGGGCUCAGGAAAGCAAUUGGCAGAUGGUUGGGGACUCACAUAACGAGAACAGUGUGGACAGAUUGCAACCGCUUCAGUUAUCCGAACCAGAGAGCUGAUUUCUCUCUUUUACCUUUUCAAUAAUCUUUUCCAACAAUUUCAGAGAUAUUCACUUUCUAAUGUUUAUUUUUUGAACCUCUGUGCUAAUUAUAGGAGGGUGGUGUUGGGGAAAGUCCUCUACCUAGCUAUACUCUUUGGUGUAAAUAUUUCUAACCUUCCUUGAAUUUAUAUGGUGGCCCAAUUAAUGGCAGCAUUAUUCCAGCAAAUGUCUUUUAUUUCUACUUCAGCUAGAGGAAUUUUCCCAAGUUUAAUAGCAUACCCCCAGGUAAGAUGUGAACGAUGAGAAGGGAGUUAAUCCUUUAAAAAAGGCAGGGUGACUUAUGACAUCUCUGGAAUAUGGAGUCAUUUCCUGUAAUUUUAAAGCAAUUCUACUAUUAUUAAGGUCAUUUACAGGUCCACUAUGUAGUUUUUCCCUCUUAAACAUUUUUACAUGGCUAGGCAAGAUGUCUUUAAUCCUGGUACUUUGAAGGCAGAAUAGGUAGAUUUUUGUGAGUUUAGGGCCAGCAUGGUCUACAUAGUGAGUUUCAGGUCAGCUGUGUUUACACGGUGAGACCCUGUCUCAGAAGAAAAUAAAUCUUCAUAUGAGUUGCCCAAGCUACAUCAAGUUUUGAAAAUGCCGCUAAGCUCGUAAACCUUUGCUGAGAAUAUAGAUGUCCGAUCUGUGGUGGCCCUGGGUUAAGAACUCUUGGUAUUGUAUUGUGGAACUUAAAUUCCUAACUGCAAAGAAGCAGUUAGUCCUUCAUAAUCUGCCAGUAGCCAACUAUUAUAUAAUAAACUAAAUGAGACUUUAGAUCUUAAUCCAGUCUAUACAUUUUUACUCUUAAAUCCAAUGAUUAAGAUUUCAAAGGGGAUAUUUUAUGAGUAUUUUUCUCAUCUAGUCAAAUAUAAGUUCAUACACAAGUUAAAAUAAGCAUAUAGUUAUGGUGUUGGAAAUAAACACAAAUUUUAUAGCCAAUAAGUUUGGAAGAGAAGAUAAACUCAGAAAUAAAACUUUCUGUGUGGAGACAUGUCUCUUCUACCCAGAGGUUUUAGAAGGAAUCCCUUCAAUGUUAUAUUGCUCUUAAAAGUCACUGGUGUGUCUUUUCCUGAACCACAGAUAUAGUUCUACAGGCCUUAAAAUAGUUCUUUACAUCACAGAACUCAUGGGAGAGAGGGAGAAUCCUAUGGAAUGAGAGCAGAUGCCCCCAUCCCCGUUUCCUCUCUCCCAGGAAUGAAAAGCGUUGGAAUGCCAAGUCACUUCCCCCUGCUCACAGGCUUCCUGUGCCUUUGCAGAUGGCACAUGUACCCUUUCUGUCCCUAACUUUCCUCUUUUCUUCUGGUUGGGACUGAUUGUAGGGAUCUAUGACAGGCAGUGGGAAGUGAAAAGGGAGGCCUUGUGUAUCUCAGACAUACAGUGAGUGGGUUCAGAAGCUAUUUCCAGUGACACAUUGCUUUCUCAAAGUUGAGUUACUUGUGCAGUUCCUUUACACACACACACACACACACACACACACACACACACACACACACACACACACACA